CCCCCAAACUUCCGGUGUGGUGAGCUCGGGCCAGAGCCGAAGCGGCGGGGCUGGGCUUGGGAGGCUGCACUUCGGGGCGUCCGUGACCGUCACCGCGACCGUGACCGUGACUGUGUUUGCGGCGCUGGGGCCAUGGUGAAGAUCAGCUUCCAACCGCCCGUGGCCGGGCUCAAGCCCGACAAAGAGGCGACCGGCGAUGGGGCCAAUUCGGAAAUCCUCCUGCCGCAGACCCUGGAGGAUGGGCUUCCCCCGGGUGCCACCGCAGCCCGAAGAAACUUGGUCAGCAGCAUGUUCACUCUGACCACGGGCAUCAUCCUGCUCCUGGGCCUCCUCUUCGCCUCCGUCUACAUGUACAGGCACUACUUGAUACCUCAGAUCUCGCACCGGCCUCGGGAGAACGUGUUCCGCUGUGGGGUCCUCUAUGAGGACUCCCUCACGUCCCCCUUCCACAGUCGUCUGGAGCUUCAGGAGAAUGUGGAGAUUUACAUCAAGGAGGAUUAUGAGCACAUCAACAUCCCCGUGCCCCAGUUUGGGGGUGGCGACCCGGCCGACAUCAUCCAUGACUUCCAGCGGGGCCUGACUGCCUACCACGACAUUGCUUUGGACAAGUGUUACGUCAUCGAGCUCAAUACCACCGUUGUGAUGCCCCCGAGGAACCUCUUGGAGCUGCUGGUGAAUGUGAAGAAGGGGACCUACCUGCCGCAGACGUACAUCAUCCAGGAGGAGAUGAUCGUCACCGAGCACGUCAACGACAUGCAGCAGCUGGGCUCCUUCAUCUACCGCUUGUGCAGCGGCAAAGAGACCUAUAGGCUGCGGCGCCGUACGACAAGGAGACGCAUCAACAAGCGGGAUGCUGGGAAUUGCCACUCUAUCCGGCACUUUGAGAACACGUUCGUGGUGGAGACGGUGAUCUGCGAGCAGUAGCGACCUCUUCCAGCCUCUCCUGCCCUUCCCCCACUGUGGCCCCUGCCCCUUGCUUCUUCCCAUCCCUGGGUCCCCGCUUUGCUUCCUUUAGACUCUAUCCUGUCCCAGACUUUUCUUUCCCUCCCCUGCCUGUGCAAUGCUGUAGCCCACUGGGCUCCCCUUCCAUCCCCCCCCCACCCCCGCAUCUCUUAGCAGUGCCUGACAGUAGCUUUGGGGUUGGGGGACAAUCUUUAUCUUGGGAUUACAUUUAUUAGGUGACUUGGAAACAAAAGUUCAAUGGGACCCUGAGCUUUGGGUUUCAGUAGUGGAGAUGAGGAGGGGCUGUGGGGUGGUCAGUCCAGACCUGGGAGGUCAUCGUCAAGCUGGAGUGAGAAGUUCCAACUUCCUCAUUUUACACAUGGAGAAACUGAGGCAAGAGAAGGCUGGCCCAGGGUAGCCCAGCUGAGCUGAAAUUUGAACUCAGGUCUUCUCACUCUGAAGCCAGUGUUCUUCCCAUGGCACCAAAGGGCUUUCCCUUCCUGGGAGUGUGGGAAGGCCUUGGCCUGGGGUCCUGCCAUUGUAGGGGUGAGGGCUAGAGGAUGGACAACAGGGGCAGGGCCACCCAAGAGUGGGCUUGGAUAAAGAGCACAAGAUUAGCACAUUUCUGCCCGGCACCCCAGGGGUGGAGAGGGAGGGAGGGA